AUGGCCUCUAUUCGUACCCACCGGCGUUUCGCCUUCGGGUUACUAUACCUAUUCGCUUGUUCCUUCUCCGACGCGCUGUCCCUCGAGAGCCAUCACCGUCCAAGACAAGAAGGCGACAGCUUCAGGGAUGCGGUCUUGCAAGAAGCCCGCGUUCUGCCAGAGCUCCUCCAGGCCAAUGUGUCCAACCCUGUCUUGCUGCCUCCUAACAUUACAGAAACUGCAGUCAGCACGGCUAGCACCACGAACGAGACCAUCGAAGCUUCGACGGUCGACAUCCAGCGUACGAUACAGCUAGAACAUGCUCGGCGUCUCGGAGCACUCUUUCCAGCCGUACAGCAAACGACCGCUGAACCGGACUUUGACAGCUACCUUGAAACGAUCAGCCCACCAAGCAACAACGGCACAGGACAAGUUGAGCAAAGACAAAGUGGCUUGAGGGUCCUGGCCAUUGGUGACAGCAUGACUCACUGCAAUGAAGGUGACUUUACGUGGAGGUAUCGACUGGAGCAAUGGUUCCAAAGCCAAAACAUCGCCAUGAACUAUGUUGGUCCUUAUCCUAGAACGGCGGCUCCUCCAGAGGCCGUCAAGCCUCCAGGCCUCGACUUCUACGACCAGGGCGGAAAGUCACCGUCACGGAUCAAUGUGGACGGCGAGUACGCCCCAGAGGCUCAAGCAGCCGGAUUCAAAGGUGGACGUUCAGCAGCUGUUGAUAAAGGACUCAUCAACGGUGUGGUGUCGGCAUAUCCUCCAGAUGUGAUGCUCGUUAUGCUUGGUUUCAAUGAUCUAGGCUGGUUUUUCAGCGACGACGACGGGCUACUAGUAAACAUGAAAACAUUGAUCGACGAAGCUCGACGCGCGAAGCCCGAUAUCAAGAUCAUUGUAGGAAGCGUUCCUCAACGCACCUUCAUCGGAGGACGACAAGACCUCGUCACCAACACAGACUCGUACAACCGGAUGCUGAAGGAUGCCGUUCCAGGUUGGAGCACCUCGUCAUCUCCUGUACACUGGGCUCCAAUUCGAGAGGAGUACGAGUGCGGUCCCAAUUCUGGCCAAGAUUGUCCGGCGGCAUACGAUGGACUUCACCCCAACGAACUCGGCGAAUAUCAGAUUGCUCGCGCUUUCAGCCGGGCUCUUGUCAGUGGUCUAGCAAUAGGUUCAUCGCCACUUGAGGUACCUGGCCAGAUACCAUCUCGUCCCUUGCCAGCACCGUCCAACUUUCAGGUUUUCUCGUCCGAUCUGGGUGUGACCGCGACGUGGGACAAGGUGUUUGGAGCUUACGAAUAUGAUGUCGAGUACACUAUUGAUGGCUUUUCGUUCUACCGCUUCUCUCCCGGACAGGUCAAGUCCAAUAGAUGGGAUUCAAGAUGGGCGUUCGACGGUUCCGUUUACGAACUCCGGCGCAACCGCUCGACCUACAACUGCUGCCCCCCCCCGACAAACGUUGUUACUUCGCCCGAACAAGGCGGGCUGAGCGUAUCCUGGGAACGUCCAACUGGUCCCAAUAAUGGUGCAGCUUUUCAAGCCUCGCCCGCUCGGAUCAAGAACUUGAAGGCCGGCCACCGUUAUUUUGUUGCCAUCGAGACCUUUAACUAUGCUGGUGCUGGACUUCCGUUUAUUGCUAGGACCAUACGGACAAACAAUGCCCGGCCUUCGACCCCAGCCAACUUGCAGAUAGCACCUCGCAGUGCAACGAUUGUACAUCUGACCUGGGAUCUGGUCGCAGGCUCCGGAGGCUAUUCGGUUCUCCGCCGCUCCACCGAUACCAGCAGCAACCGGACGUUUAGUGAAGUUGGUACCUCUGAUACCACAUGCACUGAUAUUUACUUUCAGUUUCCUGGCGUCCAUACCUGGGAAUACAAAGUCAUAGCUACCAACGGUGCACUYGAGAGUGACUCGAGCAAUAAGGUCGUCUCAGAGCAAUACCGUGACGGGAGCAGUGCACCAUCGUGUCCCGCUCCCGCCGAUCGUUGUCCCGCCGGCUCUGGUGGUGGCCCGCCGCCAUUGGAGCCUAUUGAUAAUCAAGGUGCCGGACAAAGGGCUCAAGAGUCCGGCGCGGAAGCAUGCCUUCGCAAUCAAGGGUCGUAUCCCUACCAGUUGACGGUACCAAUUCGACCCAACUACUUCCAGCUGGUGGCAGAGCGAUACGCGUGCACCGGAGAUGUGGUACAAGGUCUCAUUGACAACCAAUUACCCAUGCUUGGAGGGUCUACGGCCUACAAGUUGGCGACCCUUUCGAUUGGCGGAAACGAUAUCCUCUUCGGAAAGAUUGUGAAGUACUGCGUCUAUUUGAACAACUUCCUCGGAAAGUGCUCCCGCUACGUGAAGGAGGCUGACAACAUCAUCGAGAACGCGUUGCCUGGCCUUUUAACCCGUGCGUAUGAUUCAACCUUCAAGAAAAUGAGUGGCGGUGGCUCCGAAAAGGACAUUGGUAUGAUGAUCCAGCUCUAUCCCAGCUUCUUCUACGUGGACAACAACGAUCCGAACAAAGAUUGGUGCGACACGCACAGAAUGGACAACCACUUACCUGGAUAUCCCGCCACUGUGAUCACGAAAGAGUUCCGCACUCAAAUCAACGGCCUCGCCUACCGCCUGCGAGCCAAAAUCAUCGAGACCAUCAACAACUUCUCGCGGGACAGGAUUGCCAAUGGGGCUUGGUCCGAAACGYAAAUCUUCUACUUGGACGGGGAUGAUUCCAAUUACAACGGACGCCGCUUCUGCGAACCAGGACUCACUUCUUUUGACAGUCCCCAAAUCGGAUUCUUCGAAAUCAAUGCCCCAGACACCACCGACGGUAUCCAUCCCGCACCGACGGUAGGCGGCACGGACACGAUCACGGUCGCGCAGCAUUUGCAGAGAUUCAAUCCCGACACUUGCGAUCAGGAUUUGCGCUACCGAUCCAGCGAAGGGUGGGAAUACUCCUGUGAUGUUUCCAAGGCUCUUGCAGGCAACAACAGCGAUCAGAAUGCCCAGAUAUUUCCUCCGAGUGGAGAGGCGACGAUGAAGACAUUCCAUCCCAAGAGUUUUGACUUUGGGAAUAUUGCGGCCAACCACGAGGCGAGGCUGAGGUCUGAGCCCUUUCUCUUUAAAAUCACUGGGACCGUAAGAUGA